AUGGACGGUCUUCACAAAGGAUGGUUCACUGAAUUCUCUCCAGAUGAUUUGGAGAAAAUCAACGGAUCAGGUAAGAACAAUCCAAUUCUUCGUCGUUGACACGAUUUUCUUCAAGAUUCCGAUUCGAAACAAUUAAAAUCAGAUGGUCAAGAAAUGGGCGGCGCUUGGCCUGGACAGGCAUUCUCUUUACAAGUCAAAAAGACAUUGUUCCACGAGAAAAGCAAGUAUCAAGAUGUUCUUGUCUUUGAAAGGUAAAUAAACAAAUGAUAAAUCAACGAAACGACGGAGGAAACUUGAAAAAAUUUUCAAAAAAAAACGUUGUUUGUGCAUUUUCGCGUGGCCGUGUUUGCACACUCUUGAUUCCGAAAAUGCAUAAUACAGUAAUCUUGGAUAAACUGAAAAUUUCAGCACGACAUACGGAAAUGUUCUGGUUCUCGAUGGAAUAAUUCAAGCGACUGAACGUGAUGAAUUCAGUUAUCAAGAAAUGCUUGCACAUCUUCCACUUUUCGCCCAUCCAAAUCCAAAAAGAGUGAGUCCGAAAAACUUAGAUUUUCGAGAAAAACACUUAAAAUAUGGCAGGUUCUUAUUAUUGGCGGAGGAGAUGGUGGAAUUCUCCGCGAGGUUUUGAAACAUGAACAAGUCGAAAAAGUAACAAUGUGUGAAAUCGAUGAAAUGGUCAUCGAAGUAGCUAAAAAGUAUCUUCCUGGAAUGUCUUGCGGUUUCAAUGAUCCAAAACUUGAUUUGUAUUGUGGAGAUGGUUUCGAAUUUUUGAAAAAUCACAAGGUUUGAUUACAUUUUUUGAAGAAUCUUCAUAAUACUUUUUCAAAUCUCAGAAUGAAUUCGAUGUAAUUAUCACUGACAGCUCUGAUCCAGUUGGUCCAGCCGAAUCACUUUUUGGCCAAUCAUAUUAUGAACUUUUACGUGAUGCUCUUAAUGAUGACGGAAUUCUAUCUUCUCAAGGUAAGUUUUAUUGAACAUUAAAAAAUGUUGACCUAAAAAAGGAUACUGUAGGUGAAUGUCCUUGGAUCGAUUUAAAACUGAUUCAAAAAAUUCAAAAAUUGGCUUCUAAUAUUUAUCCAAUAGUUAAAUAUGCAAUUGGAAGUGUUCCAACUUAUACAUCGGGUUUGAUGGGUUAUACAAUUUGUGCAAAAAAUAAGGUACUUGCAUGUUUAAAUUAGUUUUUGAGUUCUCAUCUAAAAAUAAUGCAUGGUUGUGAAUUUCUAUAUAAUAAUUUUUGUUGUUGACUGUAGUGGUGUGAUUUUUUCGUUUUAGGUGAAUCAGUUUGGUUGCAUCUCAAUUUGAUUGCUCAUCUUAUCAAAUUCAAUCGCCAAAUUUUCCCGACUGUCAAUUAUGGUCAAUCAAUUGUCUCAACUUAUCCAUCUGGAAGCAUGGGAUAUUUGAUUUGUGCAAAAAAUGCUGUAGUGUAUUUCAUCUUAUUUUUCCAAAAAAAAUAUCAUUUUUUACAGAACCGUGAUGUGACAGUUCCAUCUCGCGAAGUUUCGCCAUCGAUUCAAUCACAACUUCGUUUUUAUAAUUCCGAAGUUCAUCGCGCGGCUUUUGUUCUACCACAAUUCGUUAAAAAUGCAUUGAACCAAUAA